AUUUUCCGUGACUAUGACGUAUAUACAAACGGAAUAUUAAAUUGUACAUGUAUUUUAACUUAUAAAUCAAUUAAUAAAUUAACAAUUAAUAUAUUACGGAAUUAAUCGGACCUGUGAUUCAACUAUUUUAUUGCGCAAUCCUUGUAGGAAUUAACGGAUUUGGAAGAAUUGGGAGAAUGUGUCUUCGCGCUUGUCUCGAAAAACGCAUUGAAGUAAAUUUCCGAUUAUGCGCAAUAUAAAUAUAAUCUAUCACUGAUUAAUAGAUAUAUUGAUAAAUAUCACAGGUAAAAUUAAUCAAUGAUCCAUUCCUUACUACCGAAUAUAUGAUAUAUCUUUUUAAACACGAUUCUACUCACGGGCCAUAUGCUCUACAUUUGGAUUGUGACAAGAAUUAUAUAAUUAGCGGUGAGCUGAGAAUCGCCACGUCGCAAGAAAAGCAACCAUGGAAAGUACCGUGGAAAGAAAUGGGAGUGACAUACGUUAUAGAAGCUAGUGGAGCAUUUACAUCUUUAGAGAAAGCAAGCUUACACAUUGAUGGUGGCGCGAAAAGAGUUAUUAUCACCGCACCGUCAAUCGAUGCACCGAUGCUCAUUUUCGGAGUCAAUCAUACGUGUUACAAUCCUAAGAAGGACGGAGUCAUUUCUGCUACGUCUUGCACAACAAACUGUGCAGCUCCAAUUGUCAAAGUUAUGCACGAUAACUUUGAGGUUCUCGAAGCAAUGAUAACUAGUAUACACGCGGUGACAGCAACCCAAAACACCGUAGAUGGUCCGAUAGAGAAGUGUCGGCCUACCACAUUGUGGAGAGACGGCAGAGGCGCUCUUCAGAAUAUCAUUCCUACUGCAACCGGCGCCGCCAAGUCAUUAGCCAAAAUUAUCCCCGAGCUCAAGGGCAAGAUCUCAGCCAUAGCAUUUAGGGUACCGAUCCCUAACGUUUCAUUAUGCGACAUAACAUUCAGAAUUAAUAAACCGACAACAUACGAAGAAGUGAAAGAAACGAUGAGAGAAGCAUCAGAAGGGCAGCUAAAAGAUAUCCUGGGAUACACGGAAGAGGAUUGUGUGUCGUCAGAUUUCAAUCAUACUACUUAUUCCUGUGUGUUCGACGCCAAAGCAGGCAUUCCGCAGACCAGUUCUUUCAUCAAGAUCAUCGCCUGGUAUGACAAUGAAUAUGGUUACGCAUAUCGUAUAGCCGAUCUGGUUCAAUACAUGUAUAACGCCGAUUACGGUAAUGUCCCUGCAACUGGACAAGCUAUUGAGCAUGGUGACGCUUAAAAAUUAUUUAAUGAUAUUUGAAAACUCCAGCAUUCACUUUACUUUAUGGACACACAGUCACGUGCUUUCUUUACAUAACUAAAAUAAAGUAAAUAUUUUCAUUGAUAUUUAUAAAAAUAGAUGUCUCCAAGAU